AUGCAUCUUUUAGGCGAACUAGCCGAUGCAACAUGGUUACGUCUAGAAGAUUUACUUAAGGAUUUAGAUGAACCGGACAAAGAACGUCAAGCAUUUAUUGAUGAUACUCGUCAGUUUUUCGAACAACGUCUUUCAACUUAUAGAGACAAACGAAAAGAAUUAGAAAACUCUAUUGAAAAAUUAAACGAACAGAUGUAUCAGUUAUUUGAUAAACUUCAGCUACCAAGAACAAAAUAUGAUAAUAAUCAAAUGACAUUAAUUGAAAAACGAAAAACUAUUAAUGAAAAAAUAGAUGAAUUAACAAAUAUGGUAUUAGAACGUGAUAGAAAACUUAUUCAAUUACGACAAAUAGUUUACAUUAAAGCGAAAUUAACUGAAAAUAUGCAUAUUAACAUUGAUGAGAUUUCAUCUACAAAUGAAGCCUAUUCGAUUUUAUCUGACUUAACAAGUAAAUUGAAGAAAUUAAAAGGUGAUAUUCAGGUUCUUCUUGAUAAAAUCUAUUCUCUAAAUCCCGAUAUCACUUUAAAUAAUUCAACUGCUGCUAAAUCAUUUUUAUCUCUCAACGAUGAAAAUGAAUUGUCUUGGCUUAAUGAUAAUAAUCCAUUAACGGGUCGUUCAUUGUAUACUGAACUUCUUCAUGAUUAUGAACAUUUACAAGAAAAACUUCUUACUGAGGUUGUUCAUCUUCGAACUGAACUUGGUCAAAAAGAACCCUUACUUUCAUGUGAUUUAAAAGAAGAAUUAGUUAAUUUACGUUUACGUAAAAGAUAUUUAUCUUUAUUAUCAAAUUUUCCGCAUAAUUUAACACCGAAUUCAAGUCUGGAUGAAAUUCGUCAAACCUAUGAGCAAUUAACAGCAUCAUCACGUGCACAGGCUCGAGAAAAGCUUAAACGUUUGUGGGAUCAGUUAGAUGUACCAAAUGAUCAACGUAUUACACCAAAAACCGCUGACAAUGAAGAUGAUUAUUUAUCUAUGAAUGAUGAAAUACAUCGACUUGAAACGUAUGUUGAAUCAAUUCGACCACUUUUAACUAAGAUUCAAAAACGAGAAUGGUAUAAAAGAGAAAUGAUCGAAUUUGAAAAACAUGCAGCUGAUCCAGCUAGAUUACGUGGAAGUUCAACACAAUUAUUGAAAGAAGAACGAUUUCGUAAAGAGCUUUCACGUGAAUUUCCUAAACUCACUGAUGAUUUACGUUUCAUGGUUGCUGAGUGGGAAGAAUCAAUCGGAAAAAAAAUAAUUUAUGGUGGUGAAUCUUAUUUAGAAACGAUGAACAAAGAAAAAUUAAGUGUGGACUUUGAAUUAUUACAUUUACGUUUGCUGACAAAAUGUCAAGUACUUGUGCAAGGAAAAUCCGAUCAAAAAAUAUCAACUGAGAAUAACAAUCAAUCAACUUCAUCAACAAUUUUGUCACAUCAUUUAACAUCUGUUCUACCUUCGCCAAUAUCUCCUCUGCCCCCAUCAAUCUCUCCUCUGCCCCAAUCAAUCUCUCCUCUGCCCCCAUCACCAAUAAAUAAAUCAUCAACAAGUCGAAUACCAACAAUAAAUUCUGCAACCACGAAUAGAAAACUUCAUAAACAGACAUAA